ACUCUGCUGGUCCUUCAUCCUCAGUGGCUCCAACAGUCUGGCAAAGACUGUGGUGUCAGCCUUGAGAACCAAGGGCCCAGGUCAGAGCAGAGGGCAUCAGCUCGCUGGCCACGGCAGCAACUGCUGCACAAACGUCUGGGGAGGGGAGAAACGGCUCAGGGCCCGAGGGGGAUGAGUAAUGCAACAGCUGGAGACCACCAAGUCCGGGGUUCCCUGACCAGCUUCUGCAGAGCUCCCAGAACUCCCUCCGCGAGGAAAUCAGCCGGUGCUGGCAGCUCACCAGUGCCCCCUGGUGGCCAGAAGGCCAUCUCCUUCUUAGGAACCAGACCAACCAACACUUAAUGCCCUUGCAACUCAGAGCUCCAUUGGCCCAAGAUUGGGUCCUGAACCUUCCGGGGAUUGCCAACACUUUUAAGGCAUACAUUUCCCAGCUCCUACUCACAGAGCAAUCUCCCAGCUCAGCAUUCUUACUGAGGUCAAAGGGUCGAGCAGCCGAGUUUAUCUGGGCGGCAGCGGGGAGCUCCCGGACAGGUGGAGCGAGUGAGCGGAGCGGAGCGGAGGAGGUACGGCUUUGUUCUUAGGAUUCUGAUCUACGGCAGCUAGGCAGCUACUCAGAACUGGGCUUCUUCCGGAAGCAACACUCCAGACGAAGAUCAAAUGCUCUUCCAAAAGAACACGCCUAGAACCCUCUUGGGACUGCAGAAGCGGACUGGAAUUGCUGAACACUUUCAGUGCGAGCAGAGGGCAGUCCCCGAGCCUGGUUGGUCACCACCUAGUGAGGCUGACCUCGAUUGGAGGCUUUUAAUGAAGGAGGGGUCGGUUUCCAUGGUGUUGUUCUUCCACAACAAGACAGGCAGCUAGCCCCGAGGGCUGCAGCUUUCAAACAAGACAGUCAUGGAAUUGACCAAAAUGUCAGACAUGACAAAACUCCACCAAGCGGUGGCUGCAGGGGACUACAGCUCAGUGAAGAAGAUUUUGAAGAAAGGUCUCUGUGACCCAAACUACAAGGACAUGGACUGGAAUGACCGGACCCCACUUCACUGGGCGGCGAUCCGAGGACACAUGGAGGUUCUGCAGCUCCUGAUAGAACACGGAGCCAGGCCCUGCCUGGUAACUGAUGUGGGCUGGACCCCAGCUCAUUUUGCAGCUGAGUCAGGCCAUCUGAACGUGCUCAAAACUCUCCACGCGUUGCACGCUGCCAUUGACGCCCCCGACUUCUUUGGAGACACACCAAAAAGGAUCGCACAGAUCUAUGGGCAGAAAGCCUGUGUGGCGUUCCUGGAGAAGGCCGAGCCCCAGUGCCGGGACCACCGCCGCGCCGCCAGCCAGAAGGGGCUGCGGCUGGAUCAGCGGGACGAAGCCUGGGACGCCAAGAAGAGAGAGCUGGAGCUGUCUCUUCCUCCCUGGAAUCAAAACACGAAUAUGAAAAAGAGUAAGAAAAGGCGGAGUCCCCCCAGGCUCAGCAAUAUCAAGGAGCGGAGAGUGUGAGAAGGCAGGCAUCCCAGGGCCUGGAGCCGUGAUUUCCAGCGCGAGAGGCUCCCCGCGACGGCUUCUACCAGCAGCGGGGGCUGGAAGUCCUGCCUGGGGCUCCCUCCACCGGCUGUUUCCUCCUUGUCAGCACUUGCUGUGCACCAGAAUGUCCAGAAAGGGACAAAUGUCAGCUGUUUGCAUUUUGUCAUCAAUGAUUUGCACCGUCAGCAUCCCCUGAGCUCCCAUAGGCAAUUCUCGAAUUUCAGGGGCAGGGGGAGGGUAUAGCUCAGUGGUGGAGCGCAUGCUUAGCACACACAAGGUCCUGGGUUCAAUCCCCAGUGCCUCUAUUAAAAAAAAAAUCAUAAAUAAAUAAAUCUAAUUACCUCCCCCCACAAAAAAUUAAAAAUUAAAAAAAAUUAGAAUUUCAAGGGCAAAGAAAAAUCUCCUCCUAAGGAAACUUGAUUAUUUCAAUAAAAAAAGUAACAAAAUCUCAAAAAUCUGCAACAUUAUCAAUCUAUGAAAAAAAAUUAUUUGUUGUCACAUAGACCAAGCAAAGAGGUGAAGAGAGAUAUUUCCCAGUUUCUAGCUAUUUUCCCUUGGAGUAGAAACCGACAAUCUCAGCAGGGCCAUUUUUAACCAACGAUCCCUUCUCCAUGAGAGAAACAAUCUGGGCAACAGAUCAGCUCAGUGAGGAAAAAAAAAAACCCUUGAAUUAAUUUCAUCCCACUUCAUAAUGAGAGAGAGCAUAAAAUAAUGGAACAUGUGAUUACAGCUCCACUUGAGCAACUGUGCAGCUUAGGAAAUCUAAAUACAGAUUAGACAUUUCCAAUGAAAAUAUUGCAUCCAAAUUAAGAUGUGCUAUAAAUGUAAAAUGCAUACCAUAUUUUGAAGACAGGACAAAAGUGAAAAAUAGCUUAUUAAUAAUAAAUAUUGAUUACAUAUUAAAGUGAUAAUCUUUUGAAUAUUGCAUUAAAUAAAAUACAUUACUAACAUGAA